AUGGCUCUUUUUAAUAGGAAUGGUAAGAAAUCCCAAGCAACAACAAAAAGAAAUAAUGAAAAUAGCAACAUAACUAAAUUCCCAGAUGUGUUUUGUCAUGUUUAUAAUAAACAACAUGAUCACAAACUGGAAUUUUUUUAUGGAGAAUUGAGUUAUGAACCAUAUAACAUAUCAUCCAACCAAAUAAGUCAUGCCAAUGAAGACAAUCUAAGGCUCUCAAAAUUUGUCUUGUAA